GGGUAUUCUUUCAUUUCACACAUUGACACAAAGUUGACAUAUUGCGGAAAAAAUCCUAUAUCGUUCCGCUUUUCUCUCUGAUAUUAUUUGAUGAUUUUUGUCAGAUCCACUAAUGGCAGGAGAGUUGCGUAAAGGAAGGUUUAUGGUUCCAGUUCAACCAAGACCACUUCUGUAUUUACGUAUAUUAGAAAACUUCACAAUGUUCUAUUGCGAUAUUGAAAUUCACCAACGAUGGAAGAAAGAAAACUUACAAACUCCUGUGACACUUUGGCAAGGUUAAACAAGAAUGAACAUAAAUUAUAUGAAAAUCAAAAUCACUGUAUCAAGCCAUUAUCUAUCACAUUUGAUGAAGAAAAUGUUGAAAUAAUAAAUCACAAAGAUUCUCUUAAUGAUUCAACAAAACUCAAUUAUUGCAAUAAUUCUUCAAAAACAUUAUUAUGUACAAAGGAAUCUCAAAACUCUCAAGAAAAAGAACCACCCUCACCAACUACUCUACAAUGGGGUAGAGCUAUAGCUGAAGUAAAAGAACAUGCUGUAGCAAAAUUACAAGAUGAACUCAAAAGAGCACAUGAAGAGUUAAAAUUGAAAGAUGAAGAAGUUACAAGACUUUCAAGAAUUAAACAAGAUGUUGAAGUUGAAUUGGAAGAACUCACUGCCAGCCUCUUCCAAGAGGCACAUAAUAUGGUGCGAGAAGCAAAUAUUCGUCAAGCUACUGCAGAACGUCUAUUGGAAGAAAGUCGUAUGAAAGCUGAAGUUUUAGCUGCUGAAGUAGCAGCUUUAAAAACAUUAGUAUUAACUUCGACGCCGGCUAAACCAAACUUUCAUUUACAUCCGCAAAUUGAUACGAAAAGUCGUCCUAAUAAUGAGGAUAAUCAGCAAGGAAGCAUUUUUGCAAGAAAACAUAGAAGAUCACCAUCACAUUUCAAUUUGAAGUAUGGUCGAGAAAGUUCUCCACCAGAUUCUCCAUUAAAAGAACAAAGACCAUCUUUACCAUCGGAUCGAGAAACACUAGAAAGAGAUUGGAAGAAAGAUUCAGAAAAAGAAAAAGACAAAGAAUGCAAAGAUUUUGGCCUUGAAGUUGAUCCUAGAAUACAUACAGAGUUUCUUAAAUGGAAAGCCAAUCCAUGUGUAGACAAAGGUGAUCCUUUCGUUGGCAGAAUUUUUAAAGAAGAUAUCGAUCUUUGUCUUGAUUUUCCUAAUAAAGAAUUGGGUACAAAAGUUAGACAAGCUGUUCUUGAUGGCAUCAUUUUUAUCGAAGCCAUCAGCGAUAAAACUAAAUUCACUUUUCCAAAAAAAUGUGUAUUGCUUGAAGCACCACGUCAAUGUUAUUAUCGAAUGAGACUUGGGGAUCAAGAAAAUCAGUGGUAUAGCAUAUCACAAAUCUGUCGCAAUCGAAUCAUAGCGGUCUGCGAUUUUUUGAAUUAUUUACGCUAUAUUGAGCGCGGCCUUGUUAAAAGCUCAGUUCACGAUGUUUAUUGGGAAAUUACUCGAUUACGAAAGGAAAUGGCAUUUGCUCGUUUGGGCCUUGCAUUAUCAUCUUAAAUGCUCUUCAUGGAGGACUUUUUCUAGUCUUAAAUGUAACAAAUUAGGCCAUGGACUUGUUAUUAUUCAUUUACAAUUACGAACUGUAGGUUGUUCAAAAAUUUUAAUCGUUCCAACUCGAUCUCUUUUUUUAUCUAUUGAUCGAGAUUUUUUUUAGAGUAAGUGUUAAAGUUUUAAUAUAUGAAAGCUCUCAGAUUCCUCUAUUAUAGCGUAAAACGCUUUGAGUUAUUUAAGAAGAAAAAAAGAAUUUAUACAAAUCAAUUUAUGAAUCUUUUUGAUUGAGAUUAUAAUUCUUAAAAUAUCAACACAUAUUUUAUUUAUAAACAUAAUAUAUUAAAGAUUUCUUUAUCGAUCUGAAGUUCAUACUAUAUUAUUAGUAAAUAUAGAUAUGUUUUAAUCAGUUUUAAAGUGCAAUCAAGUAUUUCUAAGAUAUUGGGGAACAUGGUGCCUUUUGACUUUUCGCUUAUUAAUAACGCGUAAUUAGUUUUUAGUUUAAGCUUUAAAAUAUAAUGAUGGCUUAAUUACAGCACAUAAAAAAAAUGAUUGCGUUAUUCUAACGUUGCGAUUUUCUAAUUUAUUAGCAAUUAUAAUUAUUUUCUUCAAAUUGUAUAAUGGCAGCAAAUAAUAUAAGCCAUUAUAUUCUUUUAUUCAAAAAAAAUGUAAAUGUUGUAAUUUAAAAAAUCAUAGAGAAAAGUAUCUUCUAAAAUUUUUUUUUAAACUAUCUAUGUUUAUAUAUAUAUGUAAAUAUACAUACCUUUGGACAUAACAAUUAAGAUUUCAAAUUUAAUUUUGAAAAAAUCUUGCAAUUUAACAUAUAAUUUAAUACAAACGUAUUAUUGAACAUUGAAACAAUAAAAUUUUUUAUAUAUUAAAGAUUUCAAAAAAUAUCAUAAAUUAUUUAUAAAAAAUUAAAAUAUAAAUAUAUACAAUUGCGUUUAAUAAUAAAUUAUAUAAUAUAACAUAUUUAGAAUUUAUAUUUUUAAUUCUAUUUUAAUCAUAAAUGAUAUUUUAGUAAAAAUAAAAAAAAUUAUUUUUAUAUAUACAAUAAUUAAUAUUUUUUAAAUUAUUAUGAAUUUGAACAUGAAUUUUGUCCAAAGGUACACAGUUUUCCCCAAAAUAUUGUAUAAUAUUCAUUUUUAAUAAUGUUUUCUUCUAUUACAAAUAUUAACUAGUACCUGGUAAUUAAUGUGCAUAUUAAAAAAAAAUAUAUUAUUAAGGAUUACAUAGAACAUCUAUAUUACAUAUAUAUUAUGUCAAUAAUAUAAGAUUAAAUGAUAAAUAUUUAAAAUUAUGAAUAUUUGGUUGUGCAGUAGUUAACAAAUUAUCUUUUAUAAUAACCAAAUUAUAAUUGCAAAAUAAUUUUUUAUUAUCAUUUUUUAGUGCAAUGUUUUAUUCAUUUAAUUUAUAAUAAACUGAAAUUAGAUAUUUGAUAUAAUAUAUAUUUACAAUCAAAUUUUGUUAUUAUUAUAUAUAAAAAUUUAUUUUAAUUUUGGUUGAUAAAAAAUCUAUAUAUGCUAUAUUUCAUCUUUUAUUUUAACAUGCGAAUCAGAAUUUAUUUUAUUUACUAAAUUUAAAGAAAUAUUUAUGCUUUUAUUCUUUCAAAAAUCUAAAUUAAAUAUAUAAAAUUGUUUUUAUAUAUUUACAUAAGUAAGCAUUAAGAUAUAUAUAUAUAUAUAUAUAUAUAUCUUGUAUAUUGAUGGUGCUUUACAAGAAUUAUAUUUGUAUAUAAUAUUUCCAAACCAAACAUCUUAAAUUAAUUUUAAGAAUUUGGUUUCUUAGCAUGGUUUACAUAGUCAAUCAAAACAUAUGUUCCAAUAAAAAAAUAACAAUAAACAAUACAUUAUAACAUAUAUUUUAAAUUAAGAUAAUUUUUUGCAAAAAUCAUAUUUUUAAAAAUAAGAUUUUCAAAUCAAAAUAAAUUUUAGUUUAUUUUGUACAAGUAACUAUCUUUGAGUGUAUUGAUACAGAUUGAUAUUCUAUAAAAACUGAUUUAUAAAACUGAUCUAUAAAAACUUAGAAUUUUUUAUUAUUUUUCUAUAUUUAAUAUAAAAUAAUAAUAAAAUAUAUGUUUAAAUUUUUAAUAAUAUUUAUGCUGUAUAUAUACAAUGUUAUUGUAAAAGAUUGAAUUAUAAAUAUAUUAAAUAUAUACGUUAAUGAUCGAAACAAAAUUAAAAUAGUAAUGACAUGUAAAUCUUAAAUAGUCAAUUAGAAAUAUCAAUAAUACUUGUUCAAAUUAUUCAAAGUUGCCAAAGAUUGCUUCCGAAUAAUUUUUAUUAAAAUAUACUGAGUUAUAUUAUUAAACGUGAUUUUUAGACAUAUUUAGAUUCGGAAAAAUUAAAACAAUUUUCGCAUAAUUAUACAAAGAAAAUAUAAUAAUGAUUAUCUGAAAAAUCAGUCAUAAUAUAUAUAGUUAUUUAAGUUUAAAAAUAAAUUUUCAUGUUUAUGAGGAUAGUAUUAAAUGUAUGAUCUUUAGUUAUUAAUAAUCUUUAUGUAUUGUAAUUGUAAUUAUUUUUUGAUCUAAUUAUUAAUUGAAUAAAAUAAUUUUUUCAAUAUUA